GGCGUUGUGUUGUCACAAAAUUAUGCAACGACGUACAGCUGUUUUUGCUUCUGAUUUGGUUUUCUGUUACCGAGUCGAUUAGGAAUUUUGGCGUCUUGCCGCCUGUUAUUGAGAUGCCCUUGUGAAAUAGUUCGUAUUGUAUGAAUACUUUUGUUAUAUACACAGGAAAAAUGUUUACGGCGUGUUUUAGUGCUACUAUUGUCACGGCAACUUUUGCUUUUGUUGAUUCGUUCCUUUGCUGUCUGUAAUAGAGGCUUGCUUCCUGUCGAUUAUGGCUGCUUAAGUCCCCUUGGUUGCGUGUGGCCCCCCCGCGGGGGGCAGUGCACUGUCGAGGGGCUGUGCAUCAUUCGAACGCUGCUGAGAUCACCGCUAGUGGUGGGAGCACGUUGCAUGGAAGAUCGUCAACUCGAGCUUGUUUCGGAACUGUUCUAGUCACGCUGCCAGGCGCCAGAGAGCUGUACAUAAUAAGUUUCACCACCAGUUUGUAUUGAAAUUACACAGUAUAUGUGUCGUGUGUACCUUUUGUAAAGGACCUAGAAGAUUUCUCUUCAGCACUAGUUAAUGGAAGUUAUAUUUUUGUAACUUAUGUUUAGUUAGAGACUGUUGCUAGUUGACGGUAACAUUUUGUUUGUUCUUGAAAGCUAGACUUCCAUGAUCCUUGUAUAGUAUAAAAAUGGCUGCAGGUAAACAUGUGGCUGCGCUUAAUGUAUCUGUGGUGAAUGUGAAGUGACCUUGUUAGUGACCAGCAGGAGUGUGAAGUGAAUCUCACCAUCCAUACCGUCGUACUUGGGUAAUUUCUUACCGUCAUUUGGUGUCUACUGUAUUCUGGUAUUAAGCUGAAAUUAAAAAUAGGUAAUUAAUUUAUAAAAUUAUAAUCUUCAAUCUAGUUAGUGCUUCCAAGAAACAUAGUUAUUUUUAAGUUUUCGAGAAAAUAGCAAAUAGGUCAGAACCUUUUUUCAAAAUUUCCGAUACACAUUGAAAAGCGAAGAUGUCUAAGUUGGCACACGGGGCCCCAGAGCGGGACUGCACCCAGCGCUGUUGCUCGCGGCAGCACGGAGACUCGCUGGUGGCGGCCGCCUCGAAGCGGGGCACGCCUGAUGCGCAGUUGGCAUCGUUCGCGCGCUGGCUGUGCGGGAACUGUGGGCGCGCGGUCGACCGCAGCGGCCGCACAAUGCUGCACCUGGCGGCCUCGUGCGGCCGCGCCGGUGUGGCGCGGUGGCUCGUGCGGUCCAAGGACGCGAGCGUCAAUGCCCGGGACCUCGAGUCGGGGUACACGCCGCUGCACCGCAGCAUCUUCUAUGGCCAGAUCCACGUGGCAGCGGCGCUCAUGAAGCUUGGUGCGAGCAUCACUGCAAUGGAUUUCGAAGACCUGACCCCGUUGGAGAUCGCGAUGAAAGAUCGCUUGCCAAUAGUAAGUUACGAUCUGAACGGGCCGUGUGAAGUGUACAUUUGGGGCACCAACGCCAACUACACCCUGGGGACGGGGACCCAGGCGAGUCGGCCCCAGCCGGAGCUGCUGGACCUGUUCCGCAAGCAGAACAUCAGCGUCAAGCAGGUGGUGAUGCACAAGUUUCACUCGAUGUUCGUGGCGCACGACGGGCGGGUGUUCUCGUGCGGGCACGGCCAGGGCGGGCGCCUGGGGCUGGACUCGGAGAAGGCGUUCCUGAUGCCGUGCCCGGUGAAGCUGCCCGUCAGCCAGGCCACGGGCCUGCAUGAUGCGUGCGUGCUGGCCAGCGCGGGCCGGGACCACACCGUGCUGCUGAUGGAGAGCGGGCAGGUGCUGACGUGCGGCCUGAACACCCACCACCAGCUGGGCCACGCCCCUCCCCCCGCCCACCUGCUGACCCCCCGCCCGCUGGCGCAGAAGGCCACCAGGGCCGCGGGGGAGGUGCGGGGGGUCUGCGCGGCACGCUUCCACACGGUCGUCUGGGGCAGCGCCGCGCUGCUGACGUGCGGCCUGAACGCCGGCCAGCUGGGGCACCCCCGCGCCGCCCAGGAGCGCUCCGUUGUCCUGCCGCGGCUGGUGUCAUCACUGAACCACAAAGACUGCAACAUCACGCAUGUAGCGGCGAGUGAUGGAGCCACUGUUGUAGUAAUGAAGAGGGGCGACAUCUACGUAUUGCAUGAAUACCAGUGCCGCAAGAUAGCAUCUAGGCAGCUGGACGUGGAGAAGGUGGAGGUGGUGGGGGGCCACCUGGACUCCCGGCUGGACGCCGGCGUGCUGAUGGACCGCGGCGGGCAGCAGCUGCGAGUGCUCGUGCUGACCAAGGCCGGGAAGCUGCAGCUGUGGCAGGAGUCCUCGCUGCAGCUCACCAGAUGUAUCUUCAACUUGAACCGCUUGGUGAUCGUGAAGGACAUAGCCAUCAACCGACAGCACCUGCUGCUGGUCACCGCGGACGGCGAGGCGUUCGAAGGGGAGGUGAAGGCCAGGAAGAGCCGGAGGCUGCACCAGUCCCCGGAGACGCAGCCCAAGGUCCCCCAGAACAAGUGGUCGGCGUUCAACGAGUUCCUGGAGAAGGGGGAGUGUGAGGUGGUCGCCCUGAAGAAGAUACCGCACAUCCACAGAGCUGUCUCCGUUACGUCCGAUCUGAAAGGGAGGAACUUCGCAGUCAUUCAGGCUCAUCCCAAAGCCUGUUUGUUGGAGGUUCCACAGGUGGAAACAUCAGACAUGAGGGAACACAUGCUAAGCCUUCUUCAAGAAGCACAUGAAGAUGAUACCAUACAUGACGUGGAGUUUCAGACUGGCCAAGGCCGCCGCGUGUUCGCCGCCCACAAGUUCCUGGUGGCCUCUCGCAGCGAGCCGCUCACGAAGCUGGUGGCGGAAGCCGCGGGAAGGUGCGACGGGGGCGUUCCGAGGGUGGAGCUGGCCGGCGUCCACCCGCAGAUAUUCCAGCAGCUGCUCCAGUUCAUGUACACCAACACCUGCGACCUGCUGCGGCCCGGUCCGUGCGCCAUCCAAGUUCCCAAGUCCAGCCCAUCUGAUAACAAGAAUGUGCUGGGAAACAAACCUAAUGUGGAUGUGAAUGAAAUGUUGGAUUCCACUACAUUUAACUCCUCUACAGUUAGUGCAUAUGAAGUGAUUUUAGCCGAAGGAAAAAACAAGAAAAAUAAAGCAAAGCAGCAUUUUAUGAAGAAAGUUGGGGAAGACAAUGAAGGAAACUUUUGUGAUCCAAUCAGGCUUGCACAAGAAGCUGCCAAGAAGUUUGGUUUAAUUACUCUCCAGAAAAAACUUGAUGGUGUCAGGUAUGAGAAUGGCCUCAUCGUGUCCAAGAACAACCGUCCUUGUCAGCCCGCUGAAGUGUCGUUCGACCACAAGAAACACAAAGAGCUGUACGACGUGACGCUGCGCAGCGAGGAUGGCAAAGAGCUGAAGGCGCACAAGUGUGUGCUGGCGGCACGCCUGGAUUACUUCAGCAGCAUGUUCGGCGGUGGCUGGGCUGAGGCCCAAACCAACAGCAAAGCUUUGAGCAUUCCUGUUCCUUUUGCGAUUCUGGAAGUGUUGGUGGACUUCCUGUACCGUAACGAUGCCACCUCUGUGUCCAACUCGGAGGAUCUGGACUUCGUCUGCAACGUUUUGGUGCUUUCGGACCAGCUGCUGAUAAAGAGGCUGAAGGAGAUUUGCGAGGUUGCUCUGGCGAAUCUUAUCACCCUUAAAAAUGUGGCCCAUUUUUUACAAUUCUCAGAGACGUACAACGCCGACCAGUUGAAGCUUUGUUGCAUGCAGUACGUGUGUCUGAAUCUGCCAGCCAUUCUAGAGUCCAGGGUUUUAGACCUGCUGAGUGAAGACCUCUUGGAGUGCUUGUCCAAGUACUACUGCGAGCUUCACCCUGUCAUGAGUCGGAGGAUCAUCACUCCGUACGCGGAUGCUCCCAGUGACGACCUGGUUCGCUGUGUGUGGGAGUCCUAUCCCGUAUCUUGGGAGGAUGGAGUGGAUGCUGGAUUUAUCGAGGAAAAGCAUAAAAUGGUGAAGGGAAUGAAAAAGAAGACACGAGUCCGUAAAACAAGUUCUAGCGAGGGGACUGCAAAAAGUGGGAACAUUCGUCUGCGAAAUGAAUCCGUCAGUUCUAAUGAGGAUGUGAGCCAGCAUUGUGCCAGCCCCAUCAGUUUCGAAGAGCUGACGGAGAAGCAGUGUUAUCCAAGCAUAAUGCCAAGUGACUUGUCUGACUCAAAGGACAUCACACUAUCCCUCAGUAAAAUUACUGGACAUGCACAGGAAACUUGCGACAAAGAAAACAAUCAAAGCCUUUCGUGGGUAAAAGUGCUGAAUCACAGCAGCAAGCAGCAGAAAGUUGUGCAGGCUAGGUUGAAAGUGGUUUCUGCCAUCAAGGAAUGUCCGGAGAUAAUGGGCGAACUGCCAGAGAAGUUUACAAAUCUGUCAGCAGCCCUUAAAGUUCGACCUGUGGAAUCAUCUAAACUUCAGCCUGCCAAAGAGAAUGUUGCCACCUCGCCGAGUAGUUCUGCAAGAAUGAUAGCACCCAAGGCAAAGAGCCAAAGUCCAGUGUUUGUACCAAUCAACACGGAAAAUUUUCCAUUACUGCGGAGAUCACCUCCAUGUCUGCAAGAUAACGUACCCACCAUUAGAUCUCCUGAUGCUAAACUCAGCGGCGGCGAGACCCGCAGAGUGGCCAGGCUGUCCCAGAAGCAGCGCAAGAAGCUGGCCUGGGGCCAGAGCAGCUCCCCGCCCGCCGACCAGGCGGGGCAGAGGGCGGGCGCGGCGUGGGGCGGCGCGGCCAGCCCGGAGGGGGGGAGCCCUGCCGCCUCGUUCACGCUGCUGGACGUGAUGCAGCAGACGCGACAAGCCAGCGCCCCCAUACCCACCCCGGCCUGCAGGAAGCUCAGCUGGGCCGUGCCAUCUGCCAUCUCCCCGCCUGAGCAGUCGCCCCCGGCUCUGAGCAACCCCUGGCAGAAGAUGGGCACGCCGCCCGCUGCCGCCCUGGCGACCAGCCCUCCGCCCAUGAGCUUCACGGACAUUGUGGCCGACGAGAAGAAGCAGCGCGACAACUGGACCAGGAUGAGGGCGAAGCCUCUGCAGCUCACCCAACUGGAAGACAAAGCAAUGGAGGACCUGUUGGUAUUUUACAAUGCGGCCGGAGCGAUGGACGAGCGAAUCACUGUGCACCGCGUGUCAACCGGCGCCAUAGCAAUGCCUGUGUGGAUCACUUCACACCACUGAUCUGGACCUGGUCACUUCACGUUCUCACGGUCACACGUGUGUGUUGUAGUGUGGUAGCUUCCUAAAUGUGCUGUAGUUGUUUGCGUAUCACAGCAGCUUUUUAACUGCAUUGAAGUGUUUCAUUGAAUUCUAUGCUUCUGGCAGUCACUUUGUUGUUAUAUUACCUAGCUGUGUCAUCUAGGGAUGGAUGGUAUCAUACUGAGUAAAGAAUGUAAUACAGCUUCGAAAAUUUCUUACUUAAAUUUUUUAACUGUUCUGUUGCAAACUAACUGCAAUUUUGAAAUGUAUGUAAUGAUUAAAAUCAGGUAGUUAUUUGAUUUUUAAUUUACCAGUGUUAAAUAACAGUAUUAAAAAAUUUAUGUUUUCUACGUUGCUAUUUGGUUUUAGUGAACUGUCAUGUUCUAGAUUUGCUCUAUCUUCAGUAUUGUAUACCAAAAAAGUUUUCAUAACUUUUAUGUAUAAAGUUAAUUUUAAAAAAAAAGGUCUAUUAUUGUUGAGUUUGUUACCUAUUAAUGAAAUAAUAAUAUCACAUUGGUUUAUUAUACACAUAGAUCAUUUUAGAAUCAUUACAAAUUUAGCUGUAUUCUAGAGUAGUUAUUGCUAAUGUUUUGAGUGUUCAUUAGAAAGACUGUCAAACCUUAUUAGCUCUCUUUAUUAAGAUCACAAAUUAAACUCUAUAAAAAAAUAAUGUUUACGUUAGCAACCUGUUGUUUUAGUAAUGUAUUGUAUUGGAAAGUUUACCUGUGAAUUAUCUGUGAGAUAAUUAUUUUUAUGGAAUGCUGUAGAUUGUGUGAUUUUGCUUUUUUAUAGUGAAUAGCAUGUACUUUGUACUAGAGCUGGGCGGGAUGGUAGGAAAAAAAAAUAUGUUCUGUGGGAAUCAGGAUGAUUUCAAGAUUUAUUUGAGGUUAAAAUUUACAAACAUUUCCAUUUAUUUUGUAAAGGAAAAAUAUUUUGACCCAGGUCUUGUGAUUUUAUUGUUAAAGAGAUGGGUAAUUUUCACCAACCCCAAAAUACCACAAAAUAAUUUAAUUUUAUGAUAGCGGCAAAUUAAAACAAAAAAAAAAAUUAUUUGUGAAAUCAUGAUAUUAGCUUGUAUUUACACCUUUAACUAAAGCUAUUCACUCAUUUUAGUUAUUUGUGCCAUUCAGCAAUAGUACAAACACUUUUAUAGUAAAAUUUCACUCCAAUCUGUCACUUUUAUUUACAUUAAUUAAACAAACAAAUGUUAUAUAUGUAGUCAGUAUUUUUAUUUUUGAACAAGAUUCGGGCCGCUACCGUUUCACGACAACAGUAAAAUAACUUUUAUUAUUAUUUUUAUAUUUUAAAAGAUGAAUACGUGCUUGUUUACUAACAUGCCUGUGAAUGCUUUUACACCUCUGUUAUAGUUUUGAGUUUGAAGCACUAAAAAUGGUGUGUUACUUAAAUCAGGUAAAUUGCAGUGCUAUCUUUGAAAAUAGUUAGGCAAGAACAUUUCCGCAAAUUGUAAUGUACUACACUGCAAUAAAUUUUGGAAAUUGGAUUAAAAUUAUCUCCUGCCUGAUGUUUCAGGAAAGGUACGUUUUUGUUUUUUCCCGAAAAAUCAACAUCCCGCCCAGUUUAACUUUGUACCUGUAAAAAUGUUUUGUUCCUGCACAUAUUAAAAUUGAUCUUCUACAAUGAUUUCUCAGUUAAUUUAUACGUAAAUUUAUUGCAUUGCAGAGUAGUGUAAUUUACCAUUACCAUCCCUAGAAAUAAAAAAAAUGUAGAAUAACUUGUCUCAAAUUGUAUUAUCCUCUUGAUAUGGUAUCUGUAUGACAAAAUAUGUGUCCCAUUUAUAUUUGCUGUAUUGGGUUCUAUGUAGUGUUUACAUUACAACCUCCCUCCCUUCCCCCCUCGAAGAUAGGUACUCUGUUCGAUUUCCAUGGUUUUGAAGUAACAAUGCCAAUAUUAUUACGGUAGCGCUGUCAUAGAUUCAAAGUAGCGCUGUUAUAGAUUCGAAGUAGUGCUCAUAGAUUCAAAGUAGUGCUCUCAUAGAUUUGAAGUAGCACUCUUAUAUAUUAAAGUAGUGCUUUUUUCUUUUAUGUGAAUUUUUAUUUACAUGUAUGCACAAUGGCAAUGGCAUUAUGUAGCAUUAAAUACAUUGCAGCAAAUUAACAAAGUUUCAAAAAAACUAUAUGUAUUUUGCUCUUUCCUUAACAUCUUUUAGCUUCCUUCAUUGUGUAUUUAUUUCUGAUGAUGGCCCGAAUGUUCAACCAAUGCUUAUAUUAUGCCAUCCAGUAUGUCAACAAAAUCUCUGAAGAGAAAAGCCAGAAGCUUUUCAGGGCUAGUUUACCUCGUGCCUACCAGGAUGUGCUAGCGACGAAUCAUGGCCUACACACAUUCAGUAAACAACAGAGUCGGUAAUUAUGUUAACAGGUUAAGGUAAUCUUUCUAAUAAAGAAAACAUUUGGUUUAUGAGUUUUGAAAUAUUAUUAGAAUUGAAUUAUAUCCACUAUAUUAAUACUGUUAUUUUGCUUCUUCGAGGGGUGGGUGUUCAACCGUUCAACCUUUUUUUUUAUUUAUCCUUUUUAAUAAUUUUGCAAUAACAGUUUAAAACUUUUGGUAGCUUCUGUUUUUUAGUUCUGUAUUACACACAUACUGACAGUCACUGUGCAAAAUCUUGUGAUUGACUAUACUUUAGUGUGUAUAGUAAUAUAUACAUUCAUAGCUACUGUAGGCCUUUUAAAUUUCUUUAAUUUUCUUUCGUAGUUUAAUUAUUGAUUUUGGUUUUAAUUUUUACUGAAAUGGUUUUCACAAGGAUGCAUUUCUUGAAAAUACUUUCUUUUGCACCCAUAAAAAUCCUAAGUUUAAUCAUGUCAUAAGUUGGUAUAUCCAUUUUCACCUUACUUAUUAAACUAGUUAUUUAAAUUACAUGUAGUGAAAUUAAUAUGCAUUUGUUAAUGUUAGUUUUUUUUUUAAUGUGAGGCCUAUAAUAGUUGUGUGUGAUUUAAUAAAAUUGCUUGCCGCGGAUGUAUGUGUUUCUCGUAAAUUUUUAAUAUGCUGUAAUUUGUAACAGAUUUACAGUAUGUUCUGUAAAGAAUUGUUACUGUCAUGUAAACGUGUCAGCACCUUUCAGCUUCUUUGGAAUUACAGUUGUGUGUGCUUUGUAGUAGUCAAACAGUUUAUACACAAAUCAUUAACUAAUUUUUUUUUCCGUUAUCAGACUUGUAAAAAUUUCAAAACUUGCAACUAAAAAUUAUUACUAUUUUUCUUGGUUUGAUUUGGCCGUUGGUGUUAAAUAAUUAUUGUAUAGCUAAUGUACCUUGCUCUCUGUUUAAAGAAUACAACAUUUAACUAAAUAUGAUGCAGUGCUUUCUGAGUGUGAAUGUAUUUAUUAACUUUAGUUACAAUAAAGAGUGUUUUUUUUUUUAACCUUACAUUUAUGAAAUCAUUGCCCUACGUAUUCACAUUAUGCUGAUACUUAAUGCAAAUUUUUAAGUAAUGAUUGGAAUGUGGCCUUUGUGUUUGCUGGUCUGCACUGAGUUGAAUUUCAUGUGUAUACAAAAAAAAAUUUUUAUGACGUUACCGCACAACAUGACUUCCCGUCUAAUUUGUUCAAACAUUUUGGCCUGCCAUUUUCUCCGUAAGAUAUACGUUAUUUUUUACGAUGUAAGAUUGCCCAAAAACUUUGUUUCCCAUAUUAAAAAGGUUUUCUUAAAAAAAAAAAAAAAAAAGUUUGAAAUCCAUUAUUUGUUAGAAUAUUACCAUUUGCUUAUUUUGUUGCACGGUGGUUAAAAAUUAAAUAAAAAUACAAUAAAUCAAAUAAAUCAGUUAAUUGAAAACUAUUAUUAGUUUUCUUUAACUUCAUUUGGGGGAAAAUUGUAACUCAGAGGACAUACCUACUCACUUAGGCUAACAAUUCUUACAAUACCACUUAACUUAGUUUUUAUUCUAGGAUUGAAACGUCCUUCAUCCCAUACUGGAUGUCUGGUGACAGAUGAAUUAACAGUAAUUUUUAAUUGACUUGCAUUUUGUUUUCAAACUGCUAAUAAGCACAAUCUCAAGAAACAGGCAGUCUUUACAGAUUAUGAUUAAAAUUGCAAUUAAAAUUCACAACUAUCUCCCAGUAAUGACUCGUGUAAUAACUACGGAACGACCAUACAAGAGAGAGAGCUUCACUAAACUCUUCCGUAAUCCUUUCUGGUGCUUUAACUGAAAGAUCAUCUAAAACUAGAAUUUAUUAUUACAGCUAUGUAAAGAUAGUUCUGUGCUGACAUUUUUAAAUAAGUUGAAGAUUUCUUGAUCCAUCACUUUAAAACUAACAUAGGGGCCUCUCCUGCCCUUGAAAACCUGAAAAAACUUUACAUUUUCAAACUUGGACUCUACUGACUCGCUACCAAGUCGGGCAGUAUCCCGACGAGUAUGCCUACCCCGAUGGCAUCAUGUUUGGUUACGUUUUUACCUGUAUAGAGUGCGUGCACAUAGUCAGAUAUGAGUUUCGAUAGCUCACCAAUGGCAUGCAGCUGAGUGCUGAGUAAAUUAUAUUUGAUAGCCCGCACUCUCUCGUCACGGCAGCUUCGGUUGCCACGUGCUAUGGUAAACCAUACGGCCAUAAGCCAAAACUUUGGUGACGUGAACGAUUAAGUUCAGUUUCAUAUUUUCAUAUUUAUAUCCUUGAAGCUUUAGUGUAUUAUGCAUAAAUAAGUUGUAAAUACAACUUCUACCUAAAUACCCAAUGGAUUUCUGGGCCCCUAUUAAAAUAAGUUUUGAAGUAACGUACCAAAUUCCUGUAAAUACGGUGUCUUCAUGAAUGUUCGGUGAUGCUUGUUUGACCACAUUAGAAAUAUUUUGGAAAAGCAUUUGACAGCACUGAAUUUCUAAACAUUGCUUCUUACAACAGAAACGUUUGUAACCUUUAAUGUAAACAAUUGUUUUCAAAAAGUUUUGUUCCUUUGAUAGAAUUGUUUCUGAUAAAAAUCUGAAAUUAAUUAAACGUUAACACGUGAUUUAUAUACAAAGUACAAAAAAUAGUUGUGUAUGAAAAUGUCACAAUAAAAAGUGUACAUCUCUUGCUCAAAAACCAAAAAUUCCAUGUUCAACUAUUAACAAUUGUGAAGAUAUGCAAGGUUGUCUGGAUCCCUCCUAAGAUGUUUAUAGAAGACAGUUCUUUGAAAAAGUCUGAACAAAAUUUUGUUUUAUUUGUUCGUUUGUCAUUUUAUCUCGAAGAGCAUUCAUAUGCACAGAUAUUGUAAAUGCUACACUGUCUUAAGAGGUUUUGCAAUUGAUAGGAUUGCAGUAGGUAAAAUGUAGAUAACACUGGGAUUGCAUUUGUAAAAAAAAUUUAUGUGAAUAUGUCUUGAAUAAAUGCCGUUAAUAUUAAAAACGGAAAAUAAAAAAAUAAAAUGAUCUGCUGGUUUCAUUUGUAUUUUUUUUGUGGUUAAAUUUACUUUUUAAAAUUUAUUUGCAAUGAAUUGUAUUUUAAUGUGGGAAGUAUAUUUUGUUACCUUUAAUUUUUACUUUUUAUUUAUGUAAUAAUUUUUAAUUGUGAAGCUAGUAUGUUUGAAAAAAAUAUUUUCCAAUAUUUAAAGUAGUAUAGUGCAGUUUUGGAAUAGUUAUUUAUUAUGUAGCUAUGACAUGAUGCAAACUAGAAUGAUUGUGGUUUUGCAUAUAUAAUUGAUCUAAUAAAAUAAUUUUUUUGUGUAUGUUCGGUACAGAAAUUAUAUAUUUAUGUUGAUUUUUUAAAGUUUAUUAUAGAAACAUGUAUAUGUAAUUUUUCUUAGUUGUAAAGGAAAUUGUUUGUGAAAUACAUAUUCCUGUCUGUGAUGGUGUGUUUCGAACAAACCGUAUUCAAAACAAAACAAAAUAAAAUUUAUCCAAUUACAUAGUAGUAAAUGUGGAAUUAAAGUCCAUAAAUGAGUGCUUCGUGUUGAUCAGCACUGAUUCUUAGUUGUCAUCCAUUUUUAUUAGUAGAGCCAAGAUUUUAUGGUGUUAUAGAAAAACAAAUUUCAUCAUUAAAAAUAGUAGAUUUGAUCUUAAGAUUCAAAAAAUAUUAAAACUUGUGUAAUAAUAAGUACAUAUUGAGCACAAUUACAUUGAUAAACUGCUACAACAAUUUGUGGUAAGACACUUCAUAUUGAUGAAAGUAAGAUAAACAAAAAUCUGCAAUUAAAUCAUUCAAUAAUAAUAACAAAAUAAAUGUUAAAAGCCCAAAAUAGUUAGUAUACAUUUACAUUUUAUUGUAAUGUUCUAUGGUCUUUACCCCACUGUAUGGUAUCAUCUAUAGACUGCUUUUAUUUAUAUUACUUUGAAAAAACCAUGGAUAUAAACUAAAUAGGUACAUAUUGUUUUUUACUUCUUAACAGCUUAGGUUUUUAAAUAAAACCGUAAACCUAAGAUUUAUUGAAUUAAUUGUAUAUAUUAAUAGCUAUUCUGAGGUAAGACAGGUGAAUUUUGCUGCAUUGUAGUAUUAUGAAGUGUUAUUUACUUCCAUUUCAGGGGUUGGUGGUGUAUUGACUUCCAUUUCGCUGUUAUUUCCAUUUUAUUGCUGUUCACCAUAUAAUCUUGCCUUUAUUUAUUAGUGAAAAAGAUUGUUUAAUUAUUAUUUUGUUGGAAAAUUUUAGAAGAAAACUAACUGUAGUGCUUUAUUAAAUAUGUAUCUAAUAGUUAUGUUGUAUUUGAGUCAAACAAAACAUAUAAUUACGAUAGAAAGUAGUAUAAACAUAGUAGCUUGCCAGAUGAGAUGAAAGGUAGAAGCUUGAUGGAACAUGGGGAUAAAAGGGUGAGUUUGGUGGAUUGCUUUUUUGUACAGUUGUUUUGCAAACCUCAUUAUUCCUUCAGUUUUUUUAAUAUAAAAAUGUAUUUUAACUCUGAGCCAUCUAUGAAAGUAAAUUGUACCUAUACAUAUAAUGUAUACAAUAUAUUCUUUUUUUUUUUCCUUUCAUAAUUAUUUUGGUGUCACUGUGUGAAGGACACUAAUGUUUAUAAUUCACAAAUAAGCAAUGAACUAGUAUAUGUAUUUUUAAGAGAGGACCUUUCAAAAAUGUGACAAAUCUGAAACUUUUCUACUAAUUUUGUUCACUUACUUUAAUAAUUGAUUACUCACCGCCACAUUAGUUAAACUUUACUUUGAACUUAAUUGAAAUAAUUUAAUUGGUGACAAUUAAAAACAUUUUAUUUUAUAAAGCAUGUGUUUAUUAUUACAAUGUUACAGAUAGUAUUGUAUUGAUUUGGAUUAAUGUCCAUUUAAAUAUACCUGUUUAUAACAGUCUCACAGCUUCACAUUGGUUAUAUUGAAUUGGCAAAUGAUCUUACAUAUUUAUCUUGCCAUUCUGUGGAGCCAUAUAUAAUGAAUGGACUGGAAACAUAUUUCAAUGAUGGUUUUGUAAGGUGUUCAUUAUAUAAUCAUUAAUCAUGAUUCAGCCAUAUCUGAAGUCAACAGUCCUGCAUUUUCCAAUUCCUCACUUAUUAACAGUUACUAUUUUUUUACAUUUUUCAUGUGUAUUUUACCUGAUUAUUUUUAAUUAAGUAUCAUAGUUAUUCAGUGGUCAGAUGACUCUAAAGUGACCCAAGUUUUAUUCCGGGCAGGGUCAAUUAUGGGAUUUCUGUUAUUGGGAAACGGAGCAGGCCUUGCCAUGAGCAGCAGGUUUUCUCAUGGUACUCCUGUUACCCUCACCACUGCAUUCUGUUUCUGCUCGAAUGCAUUGUUCAUCCUUCAUAAUUUUCUAAUGACCUCUAUGUCAACAAGACAGAAACUCGUGGUCAUUAUUUUAGGUAGUUUUGCAACUCAAUACAAACUACGUAUUUAAGAAAAAAAAUUUGUUUAGUUUAUUUUAAACUGUAAUGUAGAUAUUCAGUUGUCAUUUAUAACAUUUGCUUCUAUUAUUGUAAAACUAUUUACAUUUCAUAAAUUUUUGUGUGCAUGUAAAGUAGUGUGGUUGUAUAUGUCAAUCUGCACAGUGUUAAAAUUAUAUUCGCUAGUAGUGUCCUAUGUUAAUUGAAAACAUUUAGGAAGUCUGUGUUUCAAGAAUCAAUAAAAUGUUAAAACUGAGUGGACAUUUUUUCUUUUUUAAAUUUUCGUUUGUUAUGUACAAUGAAACCUUCUGCUCCAUAGCUAUGAAAAUGUUUUGAGAGGGUGAAAUGAUACAAGUGCAUGUAGGCUAUUUAGUAUAUUUGACAGGACUGUUGAAAAUUCAGUCAAUUUACACCCAUCAUAAUGUUUAUGAAAUCAAACAUAAAAUAUUUCUUCCCCAUGAACUAAAAAUGAUAAAUAUGCACUUGAGGUAUGUUAAAAAGGGAAACCUUCUUAUCACAGACGAGAGAGCAAAAUUCCCGAUUGUGCAUCUUCAGAGUUUUUUUUUUUGUUUUUUGUAAAGGUUAGGUUAGCUACAUUAUAAAUACUUUAAAACAUUGUGGACGGUUGAUUUGGUUAGGAUAGCUACAUUAAAGAUACUGUGAAAUCAUGUAAACAGUUUCCUAGCCCUGGAUAUAUACGUAUUAAAAAGUUAUUUGCUAAGCAAACAUAAAAUGAUUUUACAGUAUUUUUAAUGUAGGUACCUAUACUUACCUAAUAUAACCAACCAUCCACAAUGUUUUAAAGUAGUAUUUAUAAUGUAGCUAACUAUCCUAAUCGACCGCAAAAUUUAAUGCCACACCGGUUUAUACAAUGAUAUAGAACGGGGGGAAAAAAACGAGCAUGAACUUCGGGUGUGGCUCUCUCGUCUGUGAAAUGAAGGCUUCCCGUUAAAAAUUGUUUCUGGACUGAAUAUCGUAUUCAAAAAUUUAAAAGGUUUUCAAAUUAGAAUUGGGGACUUAAAAUUGGCUUUAUUUGCAACCUUUUUUUUUUACGUAUUAAUAAGAUAAUUAGUCAACCGAAACAUUAUAAAUACAUGCCUUCACUUUUUGAUUAAUUGGAUUUGUGAAUGUAGAAGGGUAAAUAAAAAUUAUAUUUGCAUUUUGUUAGCAGCAAAAAUGUGAUACAGAAACACUGCUGACUUUGAUUUGUUUAAGGUUUGUUAAGAAAUUAAUAAAAUAAUGAUUUUAACAGUCUUAUCUUUUUUAUUCAAGUUACUUCUCAAAAAAUGCAGCUUGAUUUAUUACCAGAGAUUGUACACAGAAUUAAAACAUGAAAACCAUGAUACAACAUAUGUGUUUUUGCUCUCUCAUUCUCCCAUGUAGCCAGUUGUACACAGACAUUUUUUAGUUAAUCUGUGUGUUGUGCCACCCGUGGUAUUGCAAGGUUCCGAACCCAUCUGAAAUUGUUUAUGAAACAGGUUCCUUAAAAUUUGUUAAGACACGUGAACUAAAUCAUGAAUUAUUGGUGACAUUGGAUAUAAUUUUAUAUUCUUAGCCUAUCAGUUUCCUGCCCAUGAACAAUUCGGUGAUAAUUUAUUACCAAUUCUAUACUACAGUUUUAUUUGACCAAAUUUUUCAGGCAAAUCCUUCACCAAGGUAUUUCAUUAACUAAUGAUGACAUGGGUUAUUUAAAUUUUUUGUUUUACUUUUGAUGUGUAAACAUCUUAGCUCUUUGGCAUGCUGCGUUUGGUUGGAGUAUGUUUGUGAAAAUUAAAUGAAGUCGACUAAAAGAAAUGUGAAGCAUAGAUCACGGACCCACGUGUAGUCACCCAAACAGUAGGAGCAAUCUUGUGGCAUGGUGAAAAUUGAGAGUUUGUUAUGGAGGAUAAUAUUUGUAAUG